AUGCUGCAAACUCGAUUAUUGAAUGAAGAUUUGCAAAAGCAAGCUAACGAAAUGUUAAAUGAAGUGCCCGCGCGUAUACACGAAGACUUACAAGCUUUAAGAAUAUGGAUCCAAGGACAACAGCAUUUAUGUGCUAACAUUGAUGAUCAAUUCUUAAUUGCUUUCUUGCGACGAUCCAAAUAUAGUUUGGAGAAGGCUAAAAAAAGGAUCGAUUCUUAUUAUAGUUUCAAAAGUAAAUUUCCCGAUUCCUUUAACGUAACUAACGUGGAUAGCCCAAGAUUCCGGGAAAUAUUUCGCUUGGGUGGAUUUCUAUAUUUGCCGAUUCCUCUACACAAUAAUGGUCCUCGGAUAUUUUUCGUUCGCGGCGGUUUUUAUUCAGCUCAUAUAUUUAGUCUGGAAGAAGUGUUGGCUGUCAAUCAUGUUCUACAAGAUAUUGUGAUUUUAGAGGAUGAUUAUGCUGUUGUUAACGGCUUAGUAGGGAUCGCUGUUGAUGAGGCAAUAACUUUAUCGCAUAUUCUCCAAGUGACUCCAUUGUAUUUAAAAAAAUGGAUUUCCUAUAAUCAUGAAGCAAUACCGUUGCGUGUAAAAUCUGCCCAUAUUUUAAAAGCGCCUAAAAUAUGUGAAACUGUUUACAACAUGGGCAAGCCAUUCUUACCACUUGGACACGAAGAUAGAUUAUUAUUCCAUGAUUCGCUCGAUUCAUUGAGUCAACAUGUUCCCUUGAAAUAUCUACCAAGCGAUUAUGGCGGUGAAAAUGGUAGCAUUGAAGAAAUCGUAGCUGAAUGGGAUGAGAAGUUAAAUAAAUAUCGAGAUUAUUUUAGUAAAAGCAUUCAGUGGGGUAUUGAUGAGAAGUUACGAAUCGUCGAAGCUAACGAACAAAAUGAUAUCUUUGGUAUCGAAGGUUCUUUUAGAAAAUUGGACUUCGAUUAG